UUGUUACAUCCUCUGUUACCCACCUGUGCCGCGGAUGCUGCCGACGGAGCAGACCUCGCAUUAAAUGGGAUAAUUUGUGCUUUUUUCUCCCUUCCCGGAUGUGUUUUUUCUCACCAUUGGGCAUCUGAGUUGUGAUGAUGCCUUCUUUCAGUGUUUGGGAUUGGUAAUAGCCUUCUGAGCUGGGGUGAUACAUCAUUCGUAUGUGAUUGAACAAUAUUGUCUCUUGGAAGUGGACAAAACAUGGACUAAUUUUUAAAAAAAUUCACCAUGGGAUUAUUACAGCUAUUUCUGGUCCUCGGUUUAUUUUGCGCCUUCUCAGUUUUAGGUUUUGGGGUUGACCCUGCCCUGCGCAUCAGCGUAUUUGAUGAACUAACGCUUGAAGACGGCUUUGAUGGAGUUACUCAGGUCCAGGGUUUCCACAGCGAGUCUAGAGCUUUCCACUUCCAAGGUUCCUCCAGGGAAGUGAAGGCUCCUGCUGAGGUGUCAGAGCGGAUGGUCCAGAAGUUGAGAGGCAAGAGUGAGUUUACUGUGUUGGCGACUCUCAAACAGGAACACCUCAACUCUGGGGUCAUCCUCUCUAUCCACCACUCCGAACUGAGGUUCCUGGAGCUAGAGAGCAGUGGCCAGCGUAAUGAGGUGCGUCUUCACUAUCGUACCAAAGGCCAGCAAGCCCACACUGAGGUGUUUCCUUACAGUCUGGCUGAUGACCAAUGGCAUAAGGUCUCUGUUGCCGUCAGCGCUUCUCAUGUCAUACUACACGUCGACUGCAACAGGAUCUAUGAGAGGGUGGUGGAGAUCCCCUACAUGGACAUACCUGAGGAUGCUUCCCUAUGGCUAGGACAGAGGAACAGUGCUCACGGCUUCUUCAAGGGAGUGAUGCAGGACGUGGAGAUCCUGGUGAUGCCACAGGGUUACAUCUCACAGUGUCCAGAUCUUAACAGAACAUGCCCAACCUGCAAUGAUUUCCAUGGAUUGGUGCAGAAGAUCAUGGAACUGCAGGAUAUCCUUGCCAAAACAUCCAGCAAGCUGUCCAGGGCGGAGGAGAAGAUGAAUGGGCUGGAUGGCUGCUAUUGUGAGCGAACCUGCAGCGUCAAGGGGGUCGUCUACAGGGAGGAUGAGGGCUGGACAGAUGGCUGCAGGAACUGCACAUGCACGAAUGGCACGGUGCAGUGUGAGGCCAUCUCCUGCCCUCCCCCUCAGUGCCCAUCAGGCACAGCGCCUGCCUACGUAAAGGGUGCCUGCUGCAAGGAGUGCCAGCCUGUUUGCCUGUUUGGUGGGAGAGAGCUGGUGGAGGGGGAUCAGAGAGCUGUGCGUGACUCCUCUGGCAGAUGUCUGCUGCUUGAAUGCAGGGACAGGACGAUGCAUCGAGUGGCCCUCAGUGAGCCUUGUCCUGAACUCAACUGUCCAGAGUCAGAGCAGAUCACGUUGAUUGACAGAUGCUGCAAAGUCUGCAGAGGUCAUGACUUCUGCCUGGAGGGCCACAGCUGCAUGGAGCACUCUGACUGUGUAAACCUGGAGACAGGAGACUGCUGUGUCUGUAAGGAUGGCUUCCGCCCACUGCGAGAUGAUAACGCCUACUGUGAAGAUAUUGAUGAGUGCGCUGAAGGGAAGCACUACUGCAGGGAGAACACCAUGUGCGUUAACACCCCUGGCUCCUUCAUGUGCAUCUGCCACACGGGAUACAUCAGGAUCGAUGACUACUCCUGCACAGAGCAUGACGAGUGCCUCAGCGGACUCCACAACUGUGAUGAGAACGCCUUGUGUUUCAACAUGGUCGGGGGCCACAGCUGCUCCUGUAAGCCCGGCUAUACAGGCAAUGGGACUGUCUGCAAAGCUAUGUGUGACGGAUUAUGCCAGAACGGGGGAACCUGUGUCUCACCAAAUAACUGUGUUUGCCAACAAGGAUUCACUGGGAGGAGAUGUGAGACAGAUAUUGAUGAGUGUUCAGAUGGCUUUGUUGAAUGUGACAGCAAAUCCACUUGUGUCAACCUGCCUGGCUGGUACCACUGCGAGUGUCGUGAUGGCUACCAUGACAAUGGCUUGUUCUCAGCCAAUGGGGAGUCAUGUGUAGAUAUUAAUGAAUGCAAGACGGGGAGGAACACCUGUGCCAACGACACAGUGUGCUUCAACCUGGAGGGGGGCUAUGACUGCCGGUGCCCCCAUGGGCGCAACUGCACCGGUGACUGUAUCCAUGACAACAAGGUCAAGCACAGUGGGCAGAUCUGGGUGCUGGACAGCGAUAGGUGCUCCGUCUGCUCCUGCCAGGCUGGCCAAGUGAUGUGUCGUAGAAUGGUGUGUGAUUGCGACAACCCCAACGCCGACCUGUUCUGCUGUCCCGAAUGCGACCCUCGGCUGAGCAGCCAGUGUCUCCACCAGAACGGCCUGUUCACCUAUGGCAGCGGGGACACCUGGGUGGAGAACUGCCAGCAGUGCCAGUGUCUGCAAGGGCAGGUGGACUGCUGGCCUCUGUCCUGCCCGCCUGUGGACUGUGAGUUUACGGUGGUGCCGGAGGGCGAGUGCUGUGCCCACUGUGUCACUGACCCCUGCCAAGCUGACACCAUCCGCAACGAUAUCACCAAGACGUGCACGGACGAGCACAGCAUCCCCCGCUUUAGCGGCUCCUCCUGGGUUAAACAUGGCACCGAGUGCACCCUGUGCCAGUGCAAGAAUGGACACAUCUGUUGCUCAGUGGACCCCAUGUGCCUUUAGUCCCGGCAGAUCUGAAGGCACCUGUACAGUGUUCUCCAUGUAAAAAAUAACACCACUCUACGUCUUUUCACUGUCCUCCUCACAGACUGGGGUCAAAUAGUAUUAGCAUUUUUAGCAUUUGUUAUAGUCUGCUAUGAGUACCAGAUGGAUGGGGAUUACUCAUCAGGAUAAUUCAAACAGUGUCACAUUGUCAAUCACAGAAAAAUCGUGUGUCCUGUGUGGUCAACCCCACCCAUCUGUUACCCCAAGCAGGCUAAAACAAGCACUAAGAGUUAUUUGCAAAUACUGUGACUCAUGUCUGCCUCCUCAACUCCUCUUUAUACCAAAUGCGAACAUAUACCAAACAGACCAUGGACUACAGUUUCCACAAACCCACUCUUUGUUCAGCUUCACCAAUCAGAGUGAACCUUUAAGGAUCACCGUUCCCCACUCCAAAUCAUUGCUACAUGAAUCUGUAAGAUAUUACUAUUACUGGCAUGACUGUGCUUGAUGUCCAAACAUUUUUGCUGAUUUCUAAUCUCUUAAUGAUGAUACCCUAGAUAGAGUAAGGCCGUUAGCAUAAGUUUCCGUUGCCACAUUUACAAGAGUCGUCUAUAUUAUGUGGUGCUUUGUAGCAUUUUGUUCCAAUUCUCUUUUCUGUAAUUUAUUUCCAAGCUUGUUAUUGUGUAAUGGUGAAAUAAAGUAUUUCCAUUUACAUU